AUGUUCCUAUGCCAGGCUCGACAUUGGCUUUCAUUUACAAUCGACCGCAUUGCAGAAUCUCGGUUUGUCGAAUCCAGCCCCAAGGACGUUCACGAGCAGGAGCAGGAUACAUUGACCGAUCAGACUCUGGGUGUUAAUAUACUAUCAGAGCCUCCUGCUGGACAGGGGAGCCCAUACACACACAAGGGAAAGAACCCACUCAGCCAAAACCACUACACGUCAGCAGAUUCUCUCGAGGUAAUACUGCAGGAGCUUGAAUAA